GUAUAAAACGGACGUUCUGAUCAGUGGUUAGUAUUAGUCUUUCGUUCGUCUUCAGUCUGCACAUUCUGCAUUAUAUUCACCAGACACUCAAAAGUCAACCUACCUACGAAAUCACCAUGCAAUUCCAAGUAUCAUUCGCUCUGCUUGCCAUGGUCGUGUGCUUCGCCGCCGCCGAAACCAAGACGUCGUCAUCUGCUCAAUCAGACACCAACCGUAGCAAACGUACAGUGAUCGUCCCGCUGGCCGCCUCACCUUACGUGGCCGCACCGUACGCCGCCGCCUCGCCUUACGUGGCCGCACCAUACGCCGCUGCAUCGCCUUACGUUGCCGCGUCGCCUUACGUGGCCGCGCGGUACGCAGCUACCCCUUACGCCGCCGCCCCAUAUGCUGCAGUGGCUUCGCCGUACGUCUCCGCUUACUCCGCUUACUCAACCUACCCAUACGUGGCCAAGACCUUGGCUUCCCCGUACGCUUACUACCCAUGAACGAACCGUCAGGCCAGCCACCGAAAUCUAUAUUAUACCUAAUGCAACGUUUAUUUGACUUUGAUGAUGAGAGUACCUGUUUAUAUUAUUUUAUACAGAAAUAACCUGUAUGAAAACUUAUAAAACUCUUAUAGAAAUUAAUGAAAAACUCUUUUUAUGUACUCAAAAUGUAUUGUUGUACCUACUUUUUUCGAAAUGUGAAUAAAAAUUCAAUUUAUUUAUCAAAUAA